GGAUUGCCUGAAAAUAUGGGAAUCAUUAAAACAUGCAUUCAUUUACAAGAAUCCCUGUAAUAUUACAUCAGAAGAUUAUCAGCCAUUAAUGGAGUUAGCAAGUCAUCCUAUACCCUGUAACAAGUCACUGUUUUGGAGCAAGACAAAUGACCUCGUUCAUCGUUAUACAAAAUCCAAUCAAAAUUUCCUUACCUUGGAGGACACCUUGUUGGGUUAUAUGGCUGAUAGGGUUUCAUGGUGUGGAGACCCUUCUGCCCCAGGAAUCAACUAUGAGUCUUGUCCAAAACGAAGUGAAUGUGAGAGCAACCCUAGCUCUGUAUUCUGGAAAAUGGCAUCCAAGAUGUUUGCAGAAGCAGCAUGUGGUGUGGUUCAAGUGAUGCUCAAUGGAUCAAUAGAAGCUGGAGCUUUCAGAAGCAGCAGCAUUUUUGGAAGUAUUGAGAUCUUUAGCCUAAAUCCAGAGAAAGUCUCUGCAGUACACAUUUGGCUUAUGCAUGACAUCGGUGGACCUCAAAGUGAAUCCUGCUCAGGUCAUUCCAUAAAGAGGUUAAAAAGCAUCUUAGAAGAGCGAAACUUUAAGAUCACCUGUGAAGAUAAUUACAGGCCAGUUCAGCUCCUUCAGUGUGUGCAUAACCCUGACCACAUGGACUGCAGGCUCUGCACCAACACCACGGCAGCUCCAUGAAACUGAACGCUC